AUGAAUUAUGGCGAAAUAAGCGCAGCUAAAAUUUCAGGUGGAAAUCAACUCGGUAAAAACGGACUAGUAUUGUUAAAGAUUCUGGUUCCCCUGGUUGUCAUUUCCAGUCUCAACUUAAUAAGCUAUUUUUCCAGAGCCAAUUUGCGUGUCUAUACCGGGUCUGUGACAGGAAAUGAUAGAAGCUUUAGAUAUGAUUCACCAGAACUGAAAGUAUUCAGAUUUGAGGAUAUUAGUGCAGCCAGAGAAUUUUUCGUGUUACAAAAAGCUUGGAGAGGGUGGGGUAAACGAAAAACAGGACAGGAAAUAGCAGUAAAAAGACUUUCAAAAGCUUCAAGCCAAGGAUUCGAGGAGUUUAAGAAUGAAGUUAUGCUCACUGCAAACCUUCAGCAUGUAAACUUGGUUAAGGUGAUGGGAUUUUGCGUGGAAAGAGAGGAAAAGAUGCUCAUCUAUGAGUACCUUCCAAAUGGAAGCUUGGAUUCUUACCUCUUUGAUCCAGUGAAAUGUUUGCAGCUUGAUUGGACAAAGCGUGCUCACAUCAUUGAAGGAAUAAUUCAAGGACUUCUAUACCUGCAAGAAUAUUCAAGGCUAACCAUCAUUCACCAUGAUUUAAAAGCUAGUAACAUUUUACUUGACAAAGACUUAAAUCCUAAGAUAUCAGAUUUUGGCAUGGCAAGGAUGUUCCAAAGGGAUGGACGUGAAGCAAACACAAACAGAAUUGUAGGAACAUAUGGAUAUGUUCCUCCAGAAUAUGUGAAGCAAGGACUAUACUCGAGAAAAUUUGAUGUUUAUAGCUUUGGAGUGUUACUGCUGCAAGUCAUUAGUAGCAAGAGGAAUGAUGAUGUUUACGGUGCUAAUGACUUCAACCUCUUGGAAUAUGCAUAUGAGUUGUGGAUAGGGGCUCAUGGCAUGGAAUUUGUAGAUCCAUCAUUAGAUGACUCGAGUUCGAAAUAUAAGCUAUUGAGUUGCAUGCAAAUUUCUCUGUUAUGUGUUCAAGAAAAGCAGGAAGACAGACCAUCAAUGUUAGAAAUUUCAUCUAUGUUCAAAAAUGAAGUUAAACCUAGCAUGUUCCCCAAAAGACCAGCAUUUUCCAGAAAACCAGAUGAAGAUGCAACACUAACUCCAUGCUCACAACACUAUGUUUAUUCCAACAAUGAUUCUAUAGUUUCUGAGCUGGAACCUCGAUAA